CUACUCUGUCCUUUCCUCUCUGGACGCCAUUUAGGCAUCAGUAGUGUUUUUGCUGUAAUCCAGAGAAACUACAGCGUUACCAUCAUGCCGAACUUUACGAUAGACCAGAUCCGUGAGAUCAUGGACAAAAAGAACAACAUCCGGAACAUGUCUGUGAUUGCUCAUGUUGACCAUGGGAAGUCCACCUUGACAGAUUCUUUGGUCAGCAAAGCUGGAAUUAUUGCAUCUGCAAAAGCUGGUGAAACAAGGUUUACAGACACCAGGAAAGACGAACAAGAACGUUGUAUUACUAUCAAGUCAACGGCCAUUUCUAUGUACUAUGAGCUGUCAGAUGAUGAUAUGGAAUUUAUCAAAGGUGAAAGUGAUGGAAAGGGUUUCUUGAUCAACCUUAUUGACUCGCCAGGACAGGUGGAUUUUUCAUCAGAAGUUACAGCUGCUUUGCGUGUUACUGAUGGUGCUCUUGUCGUAGUGGAUUGUGUUAGUGGUAGGUAUGUUUCACCAGAGUCAGGUACUGUUGGUUUUGGUUCAGGACUCCACGGGUGGGCCUUUACUCUUAAACAGUUUUCCGAUAUAUAUGCUAAGAAGAUGAAGGUACCAGCUGCAAAGUUUAUGAAACGUCUUUGGGGUGACCAGUUCUUCAAUGCAAAGGAGAAAAAGUGGAACAAGACUGGAGGCGAGGGUUAUGUGCGUGGGUUCAAUAUGUUUGUGCUGGACCCAAUUUUCAAGGUAUUUGAUGCCAUCAUGAAUUUCAAGAAAGAGGAAACUGCAAAAAUGUUGGAGAAGUUGAAUGUCAAGCUAUCAGCCGAAGAGAAAGAGCUGGAAGGUAAACCUUUGUUGAAGAAGGUCAUGCAGAAAUGGCUGCCAGCUGGUGAUGCCCUGCUACAGAUGAUCACCAUCCACCUGCCAUCCCCAGUCUCAGCUCAGAAGUACCGUGUGGAGUUGCUCUAUGAAGGACCUCAGGAUGAUCCAGUGGCCUUGGGGAUUAAAAACUGUAACCCACAAGCCCCCUUGUGUCUAUAUGUCUCCAAGAUGGUUCCAACUGUAGACAAAGGUCGCUUCUAUGCCUUUGGACGUGUGUUUUCAGGACUUGUUGAAACAGGACAGAAAGUGCGCAUUAUGGGUCCAAAUUAUGUGCCCGGAAAGAAGGAGGAUUUGUACAACAAAAGUAUUCAGAGGUUGGUGAUUGUGUUGGAAUUAGAAGAAUUAGAUUGUGAUCUAAGUAGCAGUCAUGUGUUUUUUAAUAACUUUUUUGUUUGUUUUACACCAUUUACACAUAUCAUAUUAGUGGACACAUACGCAAAUUUAUGUCUGUGUACUCUUCCCUGUGUGGCACUUGAAUGGAAAUCAGAUCCAGUCGUGUCUUACCGUAAAACAGUUACAGAGCCGUCAAAUCAAACCUGCCUUUCAAAGUCGCCAAACAAACACAACCGUUUGUUCAUGGAAGCAGAACCUUUCCCUGAUGGACUUGCUGAAGAGAUAGACAAAGGAGAUGUCUACCCCAGACAAGAGAUGAAAGCACGCGCCCGCCACUUGAGUGACAAGUAUGAGUGGGAUGCCACAGAGUCACGUAAAAUUUGGUGCUUUGGACCCAAGGGAACCGGUCCAAACUUGGUGAUUGACACUACCAAGGGAGUUCAGUAUCUGAAUGAAAUCAAAGAUAGUGUGGUAGCCGGAUUCCAGUGGGCUACAAAGGAAGGUCCCCUUUGUGAGGAGAACGUGCGUGGCGUGAGGUUCAAUAUCAAGGACGUCACUCUUCACACAGAUGCAAUUCAUCGUGGCGGAGGGCAAAUUAUUCCUACUGCUCGACGCUGUUUCCUAGCGUGCAUGUUGACCGCGAAGCCAGGUUUAAUGGAACCAGUUUACCUGUGUGAAAUCCAGUGUCCAGAGGCUGCUGUUGGAGGAAUCUACGGAGUACUUACUCGAAGACGAGGACAUGUCUUUGAAGAGAAUCAAGUUGCAGGAACUCCCAUGUUUCAAGUAAAAGCCUAUCUUCCCGUUAUGGAAUCAUUUGGUUUCACCGCAGACCUUCGCUCCAACACGGGUGGCCAGGCCUUCCCUCAGUGCGUAUUUGACCAUUGGCAGAACAUGUCGUCUGGUGACCCCUAUGACCCAACUUCAAAGACCGGAGGGGUUGUGGCUGCUACAAGGAAGAGAAAGGGUCUGUCCGAGACCAUACCACCACUGGACAAGUUCUUGGACAAACUGUAGGCUUUGAUCGUGCUUCCAGAGGAAACAGUUGCUUUACUAAGCAGCCCAAUACCAAGUUGUAGUCUAACCAGCUUGAAAGACAAAGCUUAUUAUCAAAAUAGCAGUAUUGUUGUAGUGCAUGCAAAUCGUCCAGUUUGCAACUACAGGCAUCGCAAGAGAUGCUUCGGGAAUUUUAAAUGCUGUCUCCAAACAGCCGGAUAACUCAAUAAAAAUGCCAUUUAGCUUUA